UGAAAAUGUCGUAUUUUACAAACCGGCUUCAGACAGCGCAUGCGUGGAAAUUUGUUUAGUUGCAUGACUUGUGCAGAAAACCGAUAAAUUUCAAAGAAAAUGAGUUCCAUCGGAACAGGAUAUGAUUUGUCCGCCUCACAAUUUUCACCAGAUGGCAGAGUAUUCCAAGUUGAGUAUGCUUUGAAAGCAGUAGAAAACAGUGGAACUGCCAUUGGAAUAAGAGGAAAGGAUGGGAUUGUCUUUGGAGUUGAGAAGCUUGUUACUUCAAAACUUUAUGAAACAGGGGCCAAUAAAAGAAUUUUUAAUAUUGAUAGACAUAUAGGAAUGGCUGUUGCAGGGUUAUUAGCUGAUGCAAGGCAGAUUGUAGAAACUGCUCGAGAAGAAGCUGCAAGUUACAGAUCAAAUUAUGGCACCCCUAUACCACUUAAACAUCUAACAGACAGAGUAUCAAUGUUUGUACAUGCCUACACAUUAUACAGUUCAGUAAGACCAUUUGGUGUCAGUUGUUUAAUGGGUUCAUAUGAUCCCACUGAUGGUCCAGAGAUGUACGUUAUAGAUCCAUCAGGUGUCUCAUUUGGAUAUUAUGGAUGUGCAAUAGGAAAAGCAAAACAAGCAGCAAAAACAGAAAUAGAAAAAAUAAAGAUGAAAGACAUGUUGUGUGUUGAUCUUGUAAAAGAAGUAGCAAAAAUAAUUUACAUAGUUCAUGAUGAAGUGAAGGACAAAAAUUUUGAACUUGAAUUAAGUUGGGUUGGAGAUAUGACUGGCGGUAAACAUGAGCUUGUUCCUAAGAAUGUUUUUACAGAUGCAGAAAAAUAUGCCAAGGAAUCUCUGGAGGAAUCAGAUGACAGUGAUGAUGAGGACUUGUAGAAAAUACUUUGUGAUACAUUUAAUAUCAUUCUACAUACAAUAUCAUCACUACUGGACUUUGGUGCAUAACAGUGCUAUUGCUGAA